AUGUCGAACUCAGGACUAACGUUCGGUCUCUCGGGCCAGCAGCAGGUUGGGAACGACGACUUCUUCAGCCGGCCGUCCGACUCGGAAACCGAGGAACGAUCGUUCUCCAAGACAUCCUCAGAAUUUCUAUCCUCAGCUUUCCGCGGUAUCAAGAAAAUCGCGCCCAGCAGGCCCUCUCAACUCGCUGCUCUCCGCCGACCCUCAGAGACGCACGUGCCUACGCUCGAGCGGCCAGCAAACUCAGCACCCCUUACGCCCGAAAGCACACGUCCGCCGCCGGCGCAACAUGUACGAAACCUAAGCUUGCAGAAUAGUCUCUCGAAGCCCCUGCCCGAACCACCCCCGCCACAGCUUUCUCCAGCGAGCCCCUUAACCCCUUUGGCAGCUUCACCGCAAUUGGGUAAUCUGGCCACGAUUAUCGAUACCGAAGCAAGAGACGUGGACAGGCACAUUGUCAACGCUAUGGACUCGACGUCACCGGCUGAGAUGGGCGGUGGGCUGUAUGCUCGAGGGCAAGUCAGUCACAAUCAAGAAAUGGGCAUGAGUAGUAGCCAAAGUAGCUUGGCAAGCUCUUCCCGGCAGGAUGGACAGGAUGAGCGGGGUGAUAACCUGACUUCUAAGAGUACCGGUCCGCUGUCAGCUGGGCCGUCGCCCAAUAUCGGCCAGCCGAGGACGCAAACAGGUGGGACACCUGUCGGGACGGUGACUCCGUCGGCUCACCUGUCCGGAUUGAUGUGCAACGUGCACAGGACGACGGGACGGGAACCACAUCCCCUGGUCGGCGCAACGACCACGAUCGUGGGCGACAAACUCUACGUGUUUGGAGGCAGGAUAUUGUCCAGGAGCAGACCGGCGCCCUUGACUGCGGACCUGUACGAGCUGGAUCUAAUACGUCGUCACUGGACCAAGCUGGAGACGACAGGUGAUAUUCCCCCGCCACGGUACUUCCACUCGAUGUGUGCUCUUGGCGAUACGAAGAUGGUCUGCUACGGUGGCAUGUCGCCGACAAACAGCCAAAAGAACAUUCCUCAAGACCAGCAGCCCGAGGUCACCGUAAUGUCCGAUAUAUACAUCUACGACAUCCAGACCAAGAAGUGGACCUUUAUCCCUACUCAGGAUGCUCCUCAGGGUCGCUACGCGCAUUGCGCAUGUAUCCUUCCGUCUUCGGCAACCUUUGCCUCGCACAGAGCACCGCUCUCUGCCCUGCAGCAUAAUCCUUCGACUGGCAACCCCAACGAGGGCCGGAUCGGCAUCAACAUUGACGGCACUGGUGGUGCCGAAAUGAUCGUUGUCGGAGGUCAAGACGCGGCGAACCAUUACAUCGAGCAGAUCAGCGUCUUCAACCUGCGCAGUCUGAAGUGGGUCUCAACUCAACCGUUGGGCAAGAGCUGCGGCGCGUACCGUAGUGUCGUAGCGCCGCUCCCUCCCUAUGUCACCGCGAAGCUCGGCAAGACGUUCCCGAGCGGCGCACGACAGGACGUUCCAGGGAUCAGUGCGGAGGCGAGAGAGCCCGGGUCUAGUAUGCUCAUAUACAGCAACUACAACUUUCUCGACGUCAAACUCGAGUUGCAGAUCAGGGCACCCGACGGUAAUCUGACCGAGCGGACGAUGAGCGGUACAUACAGCCCACCAGGGCUGCGUUUCCCCAACGGAGGAGUCAUCGAUACACAUUUCGUCGUGAGCGGCACUUACCUUACGUCGUCCAAGCAGGAAUAUGCUCUCUGGGCAUUGGAUUUGCGCACGCUGACUUGGAGCCGCAUCGACGCCGGUGGUGCCGUGUUCAGCCAGGGGAGUUGGAACCGCGGGGUGUUGUGGAACAGACGGAACACGUUCGUCGUGCUGGGCAACAGGAAGCGGAGCCUCGUCGAUGACUACAACCACCGGAGGAUCAAUUUCAGCAACGUCUGCAUGGUCGAACUCGAGGCGUUUGGCUUCUACGACAACCCCCGGAAAACGGCCCCGAUGAGCGGGUUUGUCAGCGCCAGCAGUCCCUAUACCGGACCCGGUCUGAGUCUGGCCCGUAAGGCCGGCUUCACUGCCGGUGGCCGAUAUCACAGCCGAGCCGCCGAAGAGUUGGGCGAGAAGGCGCUUGCCUUGAGGGAACUGGCCGACAUGGAUAUCCUUUGCAUCGGCGGUGAACGGAUACCGAUCAACUCGAGAAUUGUAGCAAGAAGAUGGGGCCCCUACUUUGUGCAGCUGCUGAGGGAAGGCACUGCCACGCAAGAUGGCAGCGAUGCAGUGACCCUUAGAUCAAACUCGAUGUCUGCAGCCGGGUCCUCGGUUCGACACUCGACCCUCACCAUCACCCCUAGCAAUAUCAGCGGCACCACCUUGUAUUCGCUCGGCAGCUCAACGGGCAAAGGAAGCCCCAGCAUGUCAUCAGGCGGUACGUCGAUGGAUCCGGCCGCCAUCAACACAGCGCCGACACCCCGCACCUUGCCACCGAACAGCCGGCCUAGAUGCCUGUACCUCCCACACACAUACCUUACCGUCCAGGCGCUGCUUCACUUCCUCUACACGUCCAGCCUCCCGACGCCGUCGUCACCCCUCUGCACGCCACAGAUUCUAUGCAGUCUCCUCCAGAUUGCUCGGCCCUACCGCAUCGACGGCCUCCUUGAAGCCGUAGUGGAGCGCCUCCACGGCCUCCUCGACAGCCGAAACGCUGCGGCAGUGUUCAACGCCACCGCCAUGGCCGCCGGCGGCGGUCGGGGCAUAGACGGCACCCUGAACCCUAAUUUCUUCCCCGUGUCUGCAGGCCUUGACGGGCUUGGCGUUACGGCCGAUACGCCGGCUAAGGGCAGCAGCGUCGCCGGUAGCGAAGCCAGCGCCAGCACGACGGCGAGCCGCGUCGUGGGGAACCUCAAGAUUAGCACGGCGGUGCAGAGCGCGCCGCCGACGAGCGACGAGCUCAGCGCCACGACCAGCGUCAGCGGGAGCGAGUGGAGCGCCUCGGAGGUGGGCGAUAGCGAGCGCGGUGGCACACGCGAGAUCUGGACCGGUGACCUCAGCAGCGUCAUUGGCUUGCAGAAGAGGGGCCUGCGCGGCCUAAUGGAGGGACGGAGGAUGAGGGAGCGCACGGGGACGAAUGCUGGUAUGCCCGUGUCGCAGCAGCAGGGGGUUGGCAGUGGUGUGUAUGGGCAGGGGAGGGUUGGGCUGGGGAUUGCGGGUUCAUAA